AUGAAAGAUGCACUAUUAGAUUCUGAGCUAAACCCAUUACCAAAUACACCACCAAAACCACAACUAAUACCUAAAAUCAUUCAUCAGACCUACAAAACUGAGGAUGUUCCGGAACGCUGGAAGGCAGGGCAACAAAACUGUAUUGAUUUGCAUCCAGAUUACCAAUACAUUUUGUGGACUGAUGUAAUGAUUAGAAAGUUUAUUGCAGAACAAUACCCAUGGUUUUUGGAAACUUUUGAUAGUUAUAAGUACCCUAUUGAGAGAGCAGAUGCCAUGAGAUAUUUUGUAUUAAAUCAUUAUGGUGGUGUAUACAUCGAUUUAGACGAUGGUUGCAAUAGAAGAUUAGAUCCAUUGUUAACGGUGCCUGCCUUUGUUCGUAAGACUUCACCCACUGGUAUUAGUAAUGAUGUUAUGGGUGCUGUACCAAAACAUCCAUUUUUUUUAAAGUUAUUGAAAUCUUUAAAGAAGUAUAAUCGUAAUUGGUAUAUCCCGUAUAUUACCAUCAUGUCGAGCACGGGCCCCCUUUUUGUAAGCAUUAUUUGGAAACAGUAUAAGAGGUGGAACCAUUCACUGGACGUAAAUAGUAGUGGCGCUGUCAGAAUAUUACAACCACAAGACUAUAGGCAAGGUCCGUAUGCAUUUUUCACGAUUUCUAAGGGCUCAAGUUGGCACACAGGGGAUAGUAAUGUUGUUUUAAAUAUGGCUGUUCAUAUUACUGCCUGUGUUGUUAGUGGGUUUGUUGUUGUUUUUAUGAUCUUAUACUGUGAAUUCAUAUUUUAUUGUUGGUUAUGUAAUAAUAGUAGUAGACUGGGAAAAUAUGUUGAUAACAUUGUUUCCAAGUUUAUAUUAUGGUCAUCUGGUACCAAGACUAGCAGUGAUAAUACUGGGGACCGUCUAAUUUCUGGCGAUACCUUUAUUAGUACAAAUAAAAGAAAUAACUUUAAAUUCAGUUGUUCUGCUGUUGUCAGUAGGAUUAAUCGCUUCUGGAAAAGAUUAAUUGGCCGGUCAGGUGAAGAUAGUGGCGAUUUUACUGAAAAAAAUAUCAUUUUUGAUAAAAAUGAUAGCAACAGUAGUAGUAGUAUGCAUUAUAAUAUAAACAAGCAUGGCGCUAUUACUACUCAUAACUUUAAUAAAAAAGCUGAGAAUGAACAAUUAAAGAUCAAAAAGAACACUAAUGCCAAGAGGUCUAGAAAAGAUUCUAAUUUGCCUAUCAGACUAGAAGAAAUUAUAUUAGACUUGGAACAUCAAGGGACUGAAAUAACAGAUUUGAGCUGA